AUGUCAAAAUAAUUAACAAGAAUGGACAGCGAGAGUGAUCUUGAAGAACCAGAAUCACAAGUCUACAAGCAAAUGAAACAAUUGCAGAAUAUGAAGGGUAUCUCUCAAAUGAUCACUGAGAUAAUCCAAGAAGAAGAACUUGCUGAAGUGGAAGAUAAACACAAAUACAUGAAGAAUUUGGUUGGACGCAAACUCAGUCAAUUAGACAGUCCCACUGAAUCUGUCAAAUCAGCUCAUUCCUCCAAACCAUUCUAAAGUCCGAAAAAGACUCUUAAAAGAGACACCAUAUUUUUUGAACAAUCCGACUUCAACAUCCUAAGUAUCCGAGAGUAUGAUUAUAUCGAAGUAACUUCAGAAUGUUUUAAAAAUAGAUCAAAAACAUGUGAAAAAUGUGCUAUCCAUGAACAGAGUGAAAAUGAAGGGAGAGCAUCUGCAAAGAAGAUCGUAUCCCUACUCAAGAAACGCACAGAUUACAACCCUGAUCUCCAAAGUGAUUGGAAUGGAUUGGAAGAAGUAACCACUUAUUCGGCUGACACCCAAGAACCCAUUGUUGAUUACAGAUGUCACAUUGAACCAGUGGCUAAAAUGGAAAAAGUGGAAAUCCAUGUCUCAGAUGGAGUCUAUGCAGUCCAAUAAGAUGGGCAUUGGCUGACCAAGAUGCACUCUAUUAAGGAGUUCAUUAAGGAUCUACUUACGUUUGUUGAAAUAGCCAAUGACAAGAUGAUUUCCAGUUGGUGCUAUUCACGCAAUAAGUAUUUGGAACAGAAAUUCAAAAUGCACUGCUUGUUCAAUAGUGACAGAGAAAGCGAAGAUCAAAAGCGAAUAAAGAAUCGUGACUUUUAUAGUGUGCUAAAAAUAGACACUCACAUUCAUCAUAGUCAAAGUAUGAAUGGCAAGUAAUUGCUCGAAUUUAUGAAGAAGAAAUUCAGACAAUGUCCCGAAGAAGUUGUCUAUUUGGAUGAUGGUAAAGAAAUGACACUCAAAGACAUUUAAAAGCGAUUUAAAUUUAAAACUGAAGAACUAAAUAUAGAUCUCCUGGAUGUUUAAGCAGAUAAGUCUCUCUAUAAGAGAUUCGAUAGAUUUACUAGCAAGUACAGUCCUCUUGGAUAACCACUGUUAAGGAGCAUCUUUUUGAAGACAGAUAAUUAUAUCAAAGGAAAAUACAUAGCUGAAAUUACUCAAGAUAUGAUUAAAAAUAUGGACAGACACACGUAUGCCGAAUGGAGAAUCACCAUCUAUGGCAAAUCUAGCAGUGAAUGGAGAAUAAAGGCUCAAUGGCUUAUUAAAAAUAAAUUACAACAUCCAAAUAUUAGGUGGAUCAUCUAAUUGCCUAGACUCUAUUCAGUUUACAGAAAGAAUGGGGAACUCAAUUCAUUUCAGGAUAUGAUUGACAACAUUUUUAGACCCUUGUUUGAAGUCACUAUCAAUCCUGAAGUCGAUCCAGACUUGUAUCAAGCACUCUUCAGCAUCUCAGCAUUCGAUUGUGUUGAUGAUGAGAAUUAACAUGAGAACUUCUUUCUUCAACACCUCAAGAUCCAACCUAUUCAUUGGACCAAGGACUCCAAUCCCCAUUAUGCUUAUUGGAUUUAUUACAUCUAUGCCAAUCUAUCCAGUUUGAAUCAGUUGAGACAACAACGAGGCUUAAAUACUCUUGAUUUAAGACCUCAUUGUGGUCUCAAUGGAAAUAUUGAUCACUUGGCAUGCGCAUAUUUACUGGCGAAAGGGAUUAAUCAUGGACUUAUCCUAGAACAAUCACCUGUUCUUAAGUAUUUGUAUUAUCUCAAACAAAUUGGUAUAUCCAUGUCUCCGAUUGCCAAUAAUAAACUCAUAUGUAAAUAUGCAGAUUCACCUUUUAACAGUUACUUUAGACAGGGACUCAAUGUGUGUUUGUCCACUGAUGAUCCGCUGAUGUUACACAUGACUGAUUAACCUCUUCUAGAGGAAUAUGCAAUUGCUCAACAGAUCUUUGAUUUAUCCAAUGUAGACAUGGCUGAAUUGGCACGUAACUCAGUUCGAUGCUCUAGUUUCGAAUCUAUCAUCAAAGAAUUUUAUGUUGGAGCUCAAUACGAAAAGAUGUACAAGACUACAAACAAUCCAGAGAGGAACAAUGUGCCUCAAAGCAGAUUUCUAUUUAGGUAAGAAACACUUAAAGAGGAGUACCAAUACUUGCAAGAACUCAGCAAGUCUUAAUGA